AUGAAUUGCCGUUCAGAGGUGUUAGAAGUGUCCGUCGAGGGACGUCAGGUAGAGGAGGCAAUGCUAGCAAUUCUACAUACUAUACUCCUCCACCGCAGCACUGGCAAGUUUCACUAUAAGAAAGAAGGGAACUAUUCCAUUGGCACAGUGGGAACACAGGACAUUGACUGUGACUUCAUAGAGUUCACUUACGUCAGGGUGUCCUCUGAUGAGCUGGACAGAGCACUACACAAAGCAGUCAGUGAAUUUAAGGUGAGAGACAUCCAAUUCCCUCUCUACAAUGUAUUUAAUGUGUGUGUGUUUAUUGUUUUUCUUUUUUGUUAAAUUGUUAAUGUUUCUCCCCUACACCACCCCCAACAUGUAUAUACAGGAUAACUUUAUCAAAAAUAAAACAAAUGACAUCCAUAAAGUCCCAUAUCCAUUCCCCUUUGCUCCAGAGCUGGUCUUCAUCCUGCAUAGAAAUAAAUUAGUCUGCCAGGGGUCCAUUCUGCCCUUCUUCAUUUCUGUAUAGGGACUGUGAAUUGCAGUCUUCUCCCUACUCCUUCUCAGUGCAACAACAUUUAAGGGAUCAUUCAUAUUGCAUUUUAGCACCAGUGGGAAUCUCAGCAUACCUUACUGUGGUUCUCACAUGCUACAAUUGCAUUGUGCAAAGUACUGUAUGCUAGUUUAGAUUCUUAGUUUAACUGUACAUACUCCAUGUGGUUAUUAUGAAGCAUUAUCUUUCCAAUUUGGUAGUACUUUUAGAAUGUUGCCAUUAAAAGAACACUCCAGGCACCCAGACCACUUCUGCCCAUUGGAGUGGUCUGGGUGCCAACUCCCACUACCCUUAACCCUGCAAGUGUAAUUAUUGCAGUUUUUUAUAAACUGCAAUAAUUACCUUGCAGGGUUAACUCCACCUCUUGUGGCUGUCUACUAGACAGCCACUAGAGGGCACUUAUGUGUCCAUAGCACAGGAAACCUGUGCUAGAGCGUCGCUGGAUGUCCUCACGCUGUGUGAGGACCUCCAGCGUCGCUCAGUUCCCCAUAGGAAAGCAUUGAAAAGCAUUUUCAAUGCUUUCCUAUGGAGAGCUCUGGUGCGCGUGCGCGGCAUUGCCACGCAUGCGCAUUAGGUUUCCUCAGCCGGCUGGCGGGAACGGAUUGUUUUCCUGGCACUGGAAAGUCCCUUUAAUGUUCAUGUCAGAAAUAUGAUAUAACUUAAACUAUGUAAUAUAAAACAUUUAUCCUCAAAUCAUUCCUGACAUAUAAAUGAAAAAUUAGAGCACAAAUGUCAUUAAAAAGUCUUAAUAUAAUGUUUGCUAUAUUAUAGAAUCUCUUUUUAAAUUUAUCUAUAUUGAAAUUUCAACAUAGCCAGCUUUAAGCAACUUGGGUCAGACUGUCGGUUAUCCCAGCCAGUGCUCAUUACUUUACAACUAUCUGUUGCAUUUCAAAAUCGUCAUACAGAAAGUGCUGCACACAGAAAGAGCACAUGGAUUUAAAAAGCUAAGGACGGUAUUAAAAUAGUGGACAGUGACUGCAAUAGAUGAUUGUUAGAAAGGGGGACUGGGAAAAGAAGCCUAGAAUUGGGUUAUUCAAAAUUUCAAUAUACACAUACACAAAAAAUGAUAAAAAAUGUGUGAUGUAACCCUAAAGAUACUAAGAUAGUAAGAUAGAGACUUGGCAGUGAAUGGAAUCAAACAGUUUCCAAUGUGCAAAUAUAAAAUGAUGGCAAUUAUAGGUAUUAUUAUCAUUUAUUCCCUAUGGUAUGCUAGCCAUUUCUGGCAAAUGUAGAGAUUGUCAUGUAUUAGCUAGCUGUUUUACUUUUGGCCUGGGUACAACUGGAAAUAAAUAUCCCAGCAAAGUAAAUUGUAAACACUAGGAUGUAAUAAUAAUGAAAAAAUACAAAAUAUAUUUAGCACUGUGUUGUGAAGCAACAGCCCACAAUCCUCUCAGUAUUAGCUCAAAAUAAAGAAAAAAAAAUAGAACCCGUUUAACAAGAAUUCAGUGUGCAUCCAGUGCUUCUCCAUUUUAAUGAAGGACAUACAAAUCACAAAUGUUUCGGGUAAAGAUACCCUUUAUCAAUGUACAAUUCCCUUUCAAUGACCUCUCAAUAUUAGUGGCCAUGGGGCAGUUGCCCCUCUACUCCAGUAGUUGCAUUGGUUGCAUUUGUUUCUGCAUUCCGGUAAUGCCUAUUGCUGUAUGAUAUAUUUAUACUGUAUUGAUUUUGGUUAGUACAAAAGUUGACCAAUUCACUAUUUUAUGUGAAUUGUAAUAGUUUUGUGAAGCAGGCUACUAAUACACACCAUUUAGACUGGCUUUUCCACUGUAAACUAUCAGUCCAAUGCAGCUGCCAUUAGGGGUUGACAUAAUGUAAAAUAUCAACGUGGAUGUUACGGAAUGGUGGAGAAAUGUUUGACAUUCUUUCCAUACACAUAUCUGUAAAUUAUUUUUAUUAUUUGUAGUCAUAAAGCGCCAACAUAUUCUGCAGCACUGUACAAUGGGGAAAAUAGACAGUAUAGGGAAAAAACAAAACAAAUCAGAAGGGAUAGAGCAUCCUGCCUGUGAGUUGAGAUUUAGCAUUUGCAGUCCUUUUUAUUUUUUAUAAUUCCUUAUUUUUGUUGUGCAUAAAAAGUAACAAGAUAUUGACCAGUCUUGACAGUAUAUCAGAAAUCAAUUCAAUUCAAAAUCCAAUCAAUUUUCAGCAUUCAAGAGAAGUAAUCUGCACAUUUUUUAUAAUAAUGUCAAGCUUAGACAAGGUAACUAACAAGAGAAUGAAAUCAUGCUGAAUAAUACAUGAAAUAAGAAUAGUGCUACUUUACAAUUAUGCACAAUAGGCCAGGCAAUAUCCUUAUGUCUGAGAUAGAUGUGACUGACCUAUGCCCAGGAGUUUACAAUGUCGGUAGACAUGCUUAGUAUCCAUCAGGCUGAGAGUCAAAUAAAAUAGCUGAAAUUAAAGAAAACUAUAGCACUAUAGAAGACCGAACUAUAGACAUAAUUGCCCUAAAAUAGUAUAGCAUAAAGAGGUUAAACUAAGGCACGUGUUAAUGAGUAGACUGGUUAAUUAGCCUAUGCCUGACACAUCAUGUGUGCUCCCCGACUGCAGUGUAGUACCAAGUCUCUCUCACCAAUACCCCACCAGCCCCAGGCUACCAUAUAGUCUUAUGCACUGGACGCACAAGUCCCUUCUUGAGAUUUGUCCAGGACUUGGUCUUGGAGCCCACUGGCAUGUUGUUUCUGCUUAGGAUGGGUAUUGAUUCUCCGAGGAUGAGGCCUAGCCAUGGGAUUUUUGGUGAGUUGGUAACUUCACUUCGACGGCCAUCUUAGGUUGCUGUUAGACCGCACUUCAGGCAUUGCCAGAUCCACCAAAGGAUAGCUGGUAAGCACCAGCCAUGUAAGACUGGCAUGCAGAUUAGAUUUUGGUUCCACAAAUUUAAUUUGUCUUUCUGCUUAGAUAACAAUUCCCUAGUAGUAAUAAUAUAUGUUUAAAAAAACAAUUCUGAGCAAGAACUGAGUGACAAAGGCUUAUGCCAUAAUAAUAUAUUGUUUUAUGACUCCAACAAAAAAUUAUUUAUAAAAUGUACAGAGGUAAUGGUUUAUGUGCUGUGUCUCUCUGAAAUCAAAGUAGUGAUGCGUUUGCCUGGGCAGUGAUUACAAUGCAGAACCAAAAUAUUUGUACAAGCUGUUGAUAAUAAAAUAGGAGACAUCUGAGAGAUAUUUAUUAAACAUUAGGUAAGACAUUGUAUCACCUUCAUUGUUUUCCAUAAUUUGAUUUGUUAAAAAAAUUGUUGGAAUAUUUAUUAACCAAUGCCAGAUCUUGUUUACCUGGAUUCUUUGAGAAUAAACCAUGCAGUGUUAUACGUAUAAGCAAACAGAUCUAAAAUAAAUAAUUUUAUUUGUUAGGAUGCACUAAGAAACUCUGGAAGUGAUGGUAUUGGCCAGUUGUCCUUGGAGUUCUACCAGAAGAAGAAGUCUCGUUGGCCUUUCUCAGAUGAAUGCAUUCCAUGGGAAGUGUGGACAAUUAAAGUCAACGUGGUCUCGCUUGCUAACGAGCAAGAGCGACAGAUCUGUCGAGAAAAGGUCGGAGAAAAACUUGGUGAAAAGAUCAUUAACAUUGUGGAAGUUAUGAACAAACACGAAUACAUACCGAAAAUGCCUGCCCAAUUUGAUGUGAACAAUGUCUUUGACACAAGUCUGAAGGAUGUGCAGCCUUAUCUGCACAAAAUUACCUAUCAGAUAACUGACGCUCUGGGCACAUCUGUCACAACUACAAUGAGGAGACUCAUCAAAGACACGUUGGCACUUUAA